CGAGGCCGCCUGGCUGCCGGGAGGAAGGCCGCGCGGUGCCUCGGAGGCGGAGGGCGUUGGAGCCCGGGGCUGUCAUUGUCUCCGCAGGGGCAGGUGCGUCGGGAACGCCGUCCGGGUGUGCUCCUGGCUGCCCUUGUUCUCGGGGGAACGGGCUGGGGGCGUUCCGUUGGGAGACCCGCCCUGCUCUCGAGGCCGGCCUCUGCUCGCCCUCCUCUGCCCAAAAGGAACAUCCAGAUUGUGUGGGUCAUUUCAGCUAAACAGCCCGUGCGCCUCUCCCCCCACCUUUGUUAGAAAGUUUGGAAAGCAGUUUUUCAUGGGCACACUUCCGAACGGAAGUCGACUCCUCCUGACGUCACAUGCCAGAGCUUCCGCUAGUUCUUUUGGACCCUUCCCUUCUAGAUAAAGGCCGUUGCCGACUCUCCUGGAACUCGCUGAAAAACCAAAACUCCAAUUCUUCUGACCCCGAAACAAAAUGGAGGCUUUAGAAGUGGAGGAUAUCAGCCCAGCCUUGGAGGUAACCGAAGACUUUUUUAACACCUUCGAUGCCAAGCUCGAGUGCGUGCAGCCGCCAAAGGUUUAUGGGAUCCAGGAGGUUCCGGAACUUGUUGGGCAUGAAGUGUUUAAUAAGAUUGCAGCCUGUGGAGACUUCAGGAGCAUGGCCUCUUUAGGGGAGAACAGCCUCGUUUGGGAACACUGCAAAAACGGCCUUCUGGAAGCCCAAGUGGAGAAAGCGUUUCCUGCCAAAGAGCGCCUUGGAGUUCAGAGGGGAACAGUUCCUGACAACCUUUCCUGGGUGGAGCAGAGGGAGGAGUCCACUUUUAACAUCUUCAACAUAGGCCAGAGGAGGAGGGAGCGGCCCCACUCGGUGAACGACAUCAUAGUGCAAAGCGAGGAGGUGGCCUUCAAGCCAGGCCAUAACCGGUCCCGGUCCGAUAUCAGCCACAUAGACUGGGGGGUGGUCUUAAAUGGCACACCUCCGCAGCAACCCUCUAGUCAAGGCAACAGAAACCCUAAGCUUACAUUCAUGCCAACUGGAUUUCAGAAAGGAGAGGACAUUCAAGGGAACACUGAACACAAGGCAGCGUUCUCAAAUAUCUUGAAGAAAGGCUACCUAGAAAUUAAGAACCAUGAUGGCUUUUGGCAGGCCUGUUAUGCAGAGCUCUCUCCCUGCAAACUGUACCUGUAUCACCUUGACAGAAGCGGCAACCAAACUCUUCCUACCAUCUACCUGCUUGUGCAUUUCCAAAGCAUCAAUGUGGAAACCAAGGUGGUUGACGCCGUUCUCUUCAACAACUCCCAUCUCCAGCUCAAGGCGGAAUCGCCGUGGGAAGCCUUGGACUGGGGACAGAAGCUUUGGGAAGCUGUGCGUUCUUCGGUGCCAUCUUUCCUGAAGCCUCUGGGACAGGUGGAGAACGCGCAGAAGUUAGAUAACGCUCAGUGUGGCCUCGCUCCGAAUCCUGGCUCGUGGAAGGAACCUCCGGAAUGUUUCCAAACGACUCCUUUGGCCCCAAACAUGAAAGACUACCAAACUGUCCUCAAAUCCGGGACUCUUUACAGACUGACGCUCCAGAAUAACUGGAAAGCGUUCCAUUUUGUGCUCAGCCAGUCUUUCUUCAUGGCUUUCCAGCCUGGCGGGCUUGACGAAGACCCCAUGUUCAGCUACAGCAUUGACACGUGCCUCUCGGUCCAGGUGGAUGUUCUAGACGAUUGUGACUCUUGCUUUCAGGUGAUCUUUCCUCAAGACGUGCUCCGCCUACGUGCGGAAACCCGCCCAAGAGCUCAGGAAUGGAUGGAGGCCUUGAAGUCUGGCGCCAAUGCGGCUCGAAGCCUGGGUCCAAACCCGCAAGUGACGCUCCGAAACAAAGCCCAAGACCUCUCUAGUGGGAAAGAGCUGCGGAGCAUCAAGCGCCAUUCGGUGACCACCAGCUUUCUGAGCAUCCUGACCACCUUGUCUUUGGAAAGAGGGCUGACGGCCCAGAGCUUCAAGUGUGCAGGCUGUCAGCGUUCCAUAGGCCUAUCCAACGGCAAAGCAAAGGUGUGCAGCUACAGUGGCUGGUAUUACUGCUGCACUUGCCACGUGGACGACACCUUUCUCAUUCCUGCGCGGCUGGUUCAUAACUGGGACACUUCAAAAUACAAGGUAUCGAAGCAAGCCAAAGAGUUCCUGGAAUAUGUGUACGAAGAGCCCUUGAUUGACGUCCAGCAGGAAAAUCCUAUGUUGUACAGACACGUUGAGCCGCUGGCAACUGUGGUCCGCCUGAGACAGCAGCUGAAAUCCCUCCGAGCUUAUUUAUUCAGCUGCCGAGCAGCGGUGGCCGAAGACCUGCGAAGGAGAAUUUUCCCCAGAGAGUACCUUCUCCAGCAAAUCCACCUAUAUUCCCUUGCAGACCUACAGCAGGUUAUUGAAGGGAAACUGGCCCCUUUCCUUGGUAAGGUAAUCAAGUUUGCCUCUUCCCAUGUGUACAGCUGCAGCCUUUGUAGUCAAAAGGGAUUCCUCUGUGAGAUCUGCAAUAAUGGAGAGAUCCUCUACCCCUUUGAGGACAUUUCAACAAGCAGAUGCGAGAGCUGUGGUGCCCUCUUCCAUUCAGAAUGCAAAGUGAAGUCUGUCCCUUGCCCCCGGUGUGUGCGGAGGGAGCUCCAGAUGAAGCAGAAGUCUUUCUGGAGAAGGUUGAACAUGGACGAAAGCCUGGGCGAGUCUUGCAACACGUUUGAACUGUCUUACCAGAACACUUGACUUGAAGGAAAACGUCAGCAGUCUGCAAGGAUCCCUUUACUACUGUGGAAGAAACGUUUCUGAGGCAACUUUGCUCCACCGGCAGAAUCCUUUACUGCAAAAAGCUUAGCUUUGGGGUUAUGGAAUAUCCAGGGUUGAAGGUACCAAGAAUGAGCAGAGUUGACAGAGGCUAAAUUGCAUUCGAGAAGUCCAGGUGAAGCAGCUGGUCUCAAGCCAAAUGUAGUUUACUUGAAAUAUAUCCUAGUACCUUUGCACCUGCUUUUCUGGUUAGAGGCAUCUGCUGUGUGUGUAUUAUUUAUUACUGUACUUCCAAGUGGAAGAUUUUGCAGAAUGAGCCUCGGCAGCAACGAUAUUUAAAACUCAUAGACUACUUUGGGAAGCGCCUGCGAAUUAGUGGAGUUUGCCUCCAGUUUAGAAAGUUGCUUUAACAAGCAGCGUGUAAGAACACUCUCCCCUCCCCCAGGGUAAACUUUUGCAAAUCUUUUCGGUUACAAGAUCAGCUUCUCAGAUGAGUACAGAAAUGCACAAAGUCCGUUCUAAAUACAGAAGCAGCACCUGUUUUUAAGACGAGUCACUCGGAACUUUCAACCUGCACAACAUUCCACUCCCCUCAUGUCAUGUUCUUGUUAUGUUCACACCUCUGACGCAAAUGCUACCGAUUGACCUCUUUCGAUGUUAAGUUAGGACAUAUGACGAGUUUAGUAUUAGUUUUUCUGAAAUCUUUUAAAAUUUCUUCCCUCCGUGAGCACAAUAAUGAUGUGGUGCGUUUAGGAUAUCACAGGCUGGGUGCGGGGGUGGUCU